AUGGAAAGGAUCCGCGAUGUUCAACAUCUUGACCAUGUCCCGCGCCCGUGUGAGCAUUUUCACCUGAUUGGGGGUACGAGCACUGGAGGAAUCAUCGCUAUCAUGCUCGGUCGGCUGGGAAUGACCGUCGAUGAAUGUAUCCGAGUGUAUAGAACAGUAGCGAAGCGUAUUUUGAUUCCUAAACGAAACACUAUUAUCCCCGCACGAUUUAAUGGAGUUUUAUCUGCCCAACUGUUUGAAGAGGCCAUUAAAGAGACGGUCAGAGAGUUCUGCACAGACGGAGAAUGUGUGAAUCGUCGGCGCAAUGGGCUCUCUACACCUCCGUGCAAACAUUCUGACCUCCUCUUCUGCGAGCAGGCGUGCACAAAAACAGUCGUUCUUACUCUUAGGAAUGAUAAUAUCGACGCCAGACCUACGCUCUUCCGGACAUACGACAAAUCAAGUUCGCUGAGGGAUUGCACUAUCUGGGAAGUGGCCCGGGCUACCUCUGCUGCGCCCACCUUCUUCAAGCCAAUUAAGCUUGGUAGAGAAGGGACCGAGUACAUUGAUGCCGGAUUUGGGUAUAACAACCCAUGCGACAAGCUUAUUGCCGAAGCUAGGAACGCGUUCCCUGGACGUAGCGACCUGCAGAUUCUCAGUAUUGGCACUGGUCACAGGGGCGUGGUGUCGAUGAAUGAUACGCGCGUGUCAAUUAUCAAAGCACUACAGAAGAUGGCCACAUCCUCUAACGAGGUAGCGGCUAGCUUGGACGCUGAAUAUGGCGACAGCGGUCAGUACUUUAGAUUCAAUGUGGAACAUGGUCUAGAGAAUAUCGCUUCAUCGGAUUGGGAUCAGGAUGGCAUAAUCGCUGCUCAUACGAAUAAUUAUCUCUCCCGAAAUUCAAGGGCCAUCGAAAGAUUUGUGAAGACAUUCACGACAAGGGGGGAGCAGAGCAAACCGGAUUCGCUUCAGUUUAUGAAGGUCCUUACGACCAGUCCUCCUUUAAAAAGCUGA